UUUUUCGUUUUUAGUCAUAUUUUUCAUUACUGAUAAGCCCAAUUGAAAUUCAUUAAAGAAAUACAACAAUACAUGUGUAUUUAGGAUGUUCAUUAGAAAGGUUUCCCUCCAGCAUAUCUUUUUCAUGUACAAUAAAAUGGUAAGAUGGUACUUUUUAUGGGUUGUACAUAGUGUUGACCACAGAGUGGCAGUAAAGGUCGGAAUUAUAUGAUACUUCCUACAACAGCAUGGUACAAUGUUCCAUUCUUGUUUUAUCAUUUUCACUGCGUUUAUGUUUAUUGCUUGUUUAUCUUCCUAUUUGUGUAGAAAUCCUAAAGACAAGCAUCACCUUUUAAUUCUAUUUUUCAGAGUGAGCGAAAGCCUGUGAUGCACGUGUUCAACGCUGUCACAGGAGAAACUCUACCAAUUACAGGAAGUGAGGAUAUUGUGCAUAUGCCUGUUGCUACAUUAAAAACAGUGGCAUCCAGGGUGAGCUGCCUCCCUGUCAGCGCCUUUAGGUUGAGCUCAUCUACUGGUGUCAAACUCUAUGACUGUAACCAUUUAAAAGACUAUGCCAUUCACGUGGGUAGGUGCUUCCUGUCUCCAAGGUCAUGCACUGACACAAAGUCCUACAAUGUUGAAAUACAACUAAAUGAAAUUAUUUUUGACAUCUUCCUGCAGUGAUGUGUUUUUGUUUAACACAGGCAUGACUCUCCGUUUAGACUCAUGGGAUGGAUGGAGAGCGUUCCUCCAUGGUUGCCUCCUGGGCUGCAGAAUAACAGUGCAGAGCCACCUAUCGGAGGAAAAGACAGUGAUGCAGUUCCAGCUUCGGGUAGCGCUGUAUACCGCUGCCUCUCUAGGCCACCUGAAGUUGGCAGACUGGCUCAUGGGGAGGGGGGUACAGGCUGACGAGCCGGUAGGAGUCCACCCAUACCGCCAGUGGUGCCACCAAACCGCCCAUCGAGACACUGGGAAGUGUCCCAUCCAUGUGGCUGCAGAGAGCGGCCAGCUCCUCAUACUAAAACUCUUCGUCACCAACAAUGUUUCGACCUUGGCUUGUCAGGACCCGGAAGGUCGUGAGCCCUUGAAAAUUGCCAUUCAGCAUGGACACAGGGAUUGUGUGCGCAACUUAGCCAAUAAGCUGUGCUCAGUAGUAUCUCCCCUGCCCAUGCGUAUAUAUCUCCAGAUGAAACGCUGGGGGAGUGUGGGGAAGAAAAGAGUAGCCUUGGGUCAAUGGCAGGGCUGGAGUGCUGUACUCCAAGCCAGGCUGUUGUUGGUCGAUGGCUUUGGUCAGUCUAAGAUGUCUACGAAACCCAUCAAAGCAGAAACCCAACACAGAGGAGGAAUCAGAGUUAAAGCUCAGCAUCUCUUAACAGCCAAUUUACCAAAACUCAGCUUGCAACGUGGGAAUGACUUCAGAGAGAUUCAGAGAAGACACAAUAAUGUUAUAAAACACCACAGAGCCAGAAUGGAUGAAAUAAAGGGGGGAGACAAGAACAAGUUGAUACUGCCACCAGUGAGCAGAGACACAUAUUCCACAGAGUCUUACAACACUGCAUCUGGCGAGUCUUCUCUUUGCUUUGGACAAGCAACAAGACAGAAUGCUGUUUACUGCUUGAAUGUAGCCAGGACCUUCACAGGGAAACCGUGGUCAAAACAGCUGGGCAUUGCACGAACCCUGAUCCGCAAGCGUCUCCGCUCCAUGGCCUGA